AUGGCAGAAACCUCCCCGUUUCAGCUUAGGGGCAAGCUGGUCGUCCUUGGGUCCGUCUGCAACACGGUGGGUUUCUGCACUGCCAACUGGAUCAACUAUGCCCUCUACAGCGGCAACGGACCUUUCCAGUGGCGAUUCCCGCUAGCUUUUCAACUCGUCUUCCCGCUAACUGUGGCUCUCUUCCUUCCUUUGGCCGUAGAAUCCCCACGGUGGCUGCUCCUGAGGGAUCGAUAUGAUGACGCGAAAGCUGCACUUGCCAAGCUUCAUGGCAAGACAGAGAACCUCGAAGACAGAGAACUCAACGAUGAACUCAAGUCAAUCUGGAGGACCAUACAAGAUGAACGUAAAGACCGCGUUCCGAUAUCCGAUGUGUUCUUGUUCAGGGACUCAACGCAGAACAUGCGACGUCUCUUGCUCAGUUGUGGUACUCAACUAAUGCAGGUAAUUGCCUUCCCUAUCAAGUUCUAA